AGCCCAACAUUAGCCUCCUUCACGGUGUUCUCUCUCUCCUUCAGCAGCCUCCCUCUCCUCCUCCCUCUCCCAGAACAUCAUGGAGGUGGUCGGUCAGGGAGCAGCUGCUACUCUCUCCUCCCUUCAGAUCCACUUCAUCCAGAACAUGAUCCAUGAAACUCUGGAGGACUUCAGAGAUGUGUGUCACAGAGACAUCGUGAAUCUCCAGGUUGAGAUGGUGCGGCAGUUCUACAUCCAGCUGAACGAGAUCCACGGUCUGGUAGAGAAGUACUCUGUGAACGAGUCUCUGGUGGAGGAGGUGGAGAAACUGAGGGAGGAGAACCGCCGGCUGAAGACCAACUACUGACCUCUGAUCAGUAUCACAGCGCUUAUUAUGGGAUGUGGGGCGAGUCUGCCAAUCUCAGCAACAAAAGAAAAGUCAUGAUUGUGCCUGUUUUCAGCCCCGAUGUGAGGGAGGGUGUUCUGCAGCUGAAGAACCAACAUGUCCAACUGAAGCCAAACACACAGAACCAUCAGAAGCUGAUGUUUAAAACACGAUAUUUCACCCCUUCAGACGGACAUGUCCCGUGUGCCUGUAUAAUGUUUUUAUUAAUAGGAAAGAUGUUGUUUAAAGAAUAAAGAAUAUGCAUAUUUAAAGGUGGUUUUCUUUGUCUC